UUAGCCGAUACAAUGUCUUGGGGUGAAACUUUGAACUAUUUAACUCUUGGAAAUCCCAUCAGUCAAGCUGUAAUCAAUUCAGCUUCAGCCGUUCUUAAGGGUUCUGGACUGAAACCAAAACAAGCCAUACAGGAUGUUGUCGUAGCUCCACCAAAACCAUUGAAUUUGUGGGAAAUUGCUGGUAGCAAUUAUCACUUUGUUCGUUUAGCCGGUUUAAGCGGUGCAACUGCCGUUAUAAUGGGUGCAUAUGGAAAACAUUAUUUGGUCAAGAUUAUCGAUGCCCAAGAACAAAUGGAAUCAAAGGCCGUGUUCGAGACUGCUAAUCGUUUUCAUUUCCUGCAUUCAUUUGCACUUUUAGCAAUGCCACUGGCCCGACGUCCGGUAUUGGUAAGUUGA